UAAUGGCAAAGUGCAGCAAGCACUGCCGCCGGCACCAGCUCAAGAACCUGAACCUCCGCGUCCUAGACCACCGCUGCCGCCGACACCAGCUGAAGAACCUGAACCUCCUCGUCCUAGUCCACCGCCUCGACCCAGACGAGUGCAACCAGUUGAUGAUGCAUUGAAUCGCAUCUCCACAACUAACCACCUCAACCGCUUCCUUAAACUUACUCUCAAGAAACGUUUCCGUAAACGUAAUUUGGAAUACAAAAAUCACCUGAAGCUGCUUCGGGAGAACUUGAGAGAAUCUAAUGUAGAAUCUGAAGAUAUAACUAAAGAUAAGCUUCCGUGCCCAUUUUGUCCUGAAGAAAUUGCAGUUUUGGUUCGUAAAUUAAUCAGCUUGAACCCAUCUGCCCGACUUUCCGAACCAACUGACAAUCAACAUCUUCUAGGAGUAUCAGAUAUAACAUUGACUUCGGAGCAAUCUGUAAGAGACGCCAAUGUACCUCGGACUCCAGCUGUUCAAGGAUCAGAAGAGCAACUUAUAACACCUAUAGGAUUACAGAAACCAGAUGACGAUGAUAUGGAACCAACUUUCAUAGAGCAUAUGUUGCCAACUACAGACGUUGAGAUGCUGCCAUUUCAACAUUUUGUGCAGGAAAAUGUUAUUGACGAGUCGAUGAGGAUCGAACCGCAGCCGGUAGGAGAAACACCUCAAGAGGCUCCUCCUCCCACCAUUCGACCUGAAAGUGCACCUUUAGCUGACAUGACAAUGCAAGAAAUUCAGGAGCCGCAGGAAAAUGUGGAAAGGAUGAUGCAAGAAUUAUUCCAAGAGCCAGAAAGUCCAGCUUUGACAGAUAAUGAGGGAAGGAUGAUGCAAAAUUUAUUCCAAGAGCCGGAAAAUGCAGCUUUGACUGUGUCAGUGGUUGUUGGUGAUACAUCCUUUGUGCACGCACUACCCUCUCAUGAGGAGAUUGAGCCAGAAGCGGUGCUGCAACCCGAAGACAACAUUGCUGGGAGAUUGAGGCCAGCGACUGCUAGGCGAAGGAGAUUAGUAUUUGAAGGAUCUCCACCCAGUCCUCAGCAGACAAGGAAACGCAGGAUAAGGCAGCCAAGAGAAGACGAUCCGGCUGGAGCUGAUCUUGGUGGCCAAGUGUCUGAAGCCCCCUUACCCUUACCACAGCCCGAUGUUCUCCUACCCCAGCCUGAUGUCCCCCUAAAACCACCACCUGAUGCCCCCCUACCACCACCUGAUGCCCCUCUCCCUCAGCCCGAUGCCCCUUUACCACAACCUGAUGCCCCCCUACCACAGCCUGAUGACAAUUUCGAUGACCUUGGAGUGAUUCCUUUGACAGAACUCGAGCCUCAAUUUUUUAAUUCAAAUUGA